AUGGUCAACUGCUUCAUCUUAACUCUGGGACAGUUACAUUCUUUUCUGCUCCCCACCUCCCUGCCUCAUUCCCCACUGUGGAAUUUAGAAAGUUAUCUCGCCCUCCCGUCUCCCCCACAGAAAAAGUUUGAGUCGCCGCUGCGGGUUGCUAGCGGAGUCGCGCGCCGCGAGCUACGUAGGGCAGGGAAGGCAUGGCUUCUGUUUUCGUCCGAUGAGGAGGGGCCAGCGGUGGCGGUCGGGCCAGGUCCGGGGCCUGGGGACGCCGAGGCGGCCGCGGAGGAGCGCCGCGUCAAGGUCUCCAGCCUGCCCUACAGUGUGGAUGCGCUCGUGUCGGACAAGAAGCCGCCCAAGGAGGCAUCCCCAGUGCCGGCCAAAAGCGCCUCGGCCGGGGCCACCCUGCGGCUACUGCUGCUGCCGGGGCACGGCGCUCGGGAAGCGCACAGCCCCGGGCCGCUGAUCAAGCCCUUCGAGACCGCCUGGGUCAAGUGGGAAAACUCCCUAGACGGAGCGGCGUGGAUGCAGGAACCUGCUGAUAAUUCGCGGCCGCCAAGACACAUGAGCCCUACCACCUGCACCCUGAGAAAACACAAGACCAAUCCGAAGCCGCGCACAGCCUUUACCACGUCCCAGCUCCUCGCUCUGGAGCUCAAGUUGCUCCAGAAACAGUACCUCUCCAUUGCAGAGGGUGCGGACUUCUCCAGCUCUCCGAACCUCAUGGAGACUCAGGUCAAAAUCUGGUUCCAGAACCGAAGGGCCAAGACGAAAAGACGGCAGGAGUCAGAACUGGAAAAGCUGAAAAUGGCUGCAAAACCUAUACUACCCUCCAGCUUCAGUCUCCCUUUCCCCAUCAGCUCGCCCCUGCAGGCAGCGUCCAUAUACGCAGCAUCCUACCCGUUCCAUAGACCUGUGCUUCCCAUCCCGCCCGUGGGACUCUAUGCCACGCCAGUGGGAUAUGGCAUGUACCACCUGUCCUAAGGAAGACCAGAUCAAUAGACUCCAUGAUGGAUGUUUGUUUCAAAGGGUUUCCUCUCCCUCUCCAAGAAGGCAGGACCAGCCAAUACUCCUGUUCUGCAAACCCUGAGUGCACCACCCUAAGCGGCUAGGCCGGCAGGGCCACACGACAUAGCUGAAAUUUGUUCUUUAGGCGGAGGCACCAAGCCUUGUUUUCUUGGUGUAAUCUUCCAGGUGCCCCCUUCUCCUUUCACAAAGAUUGGCUCUGAUGGUUUUUAUGUAUAAAUAUAUAUAUAUAAUAAAAUAUAAUACAUUUGUA